AUGCAGCAUCAGGCUUAUCAACCAAUUUUGCCAAGUGUCAAUAAAUAUCUGCAAUACAGAUGGGACAAAGACUGCUAUGAGAUCCACAGGACAAAGGUUAAAUCUGCAAAACCAACUAUUAACACAACUCCACCGAAGACCUACAACCAUUUAAUUGUCAAGCUAAAGAAACAACAGCUUGAAGAUGAACGAGUUUCAAGAAUCAAAAGAGAAAAUCACAUGCUCUUAGAUAAAAUGUCCCAUAUAAUGCAGACUGCUGGGGGAGUUGACUGCAAAAAUGACUAUGUAAUAAAAAGUCUUGGCAAAGAGAAAAGACAGAUGGAACUGCUGCAUAUCACUAAAGAGAACCAGCGGAUUCUACAGCGCCUGUGCACCUGCAGGCCACAUUAUAACAUUCAAACCUGGCACAACCAGUGGCUGAAAAACAUAGAGCUUAUGGAUAAUAUAGCAAGAUAUCCACGUCAAUACACACAAGGAUCCUACUUACCACCUAUUUCAACAGACAGGCAUGGGUCUGUAGUCCAUGACGGAGCUAAGAUCAAAUCGAGACAUGUGCAUGAAGACUCUGCCAGUGUGAUGAAUGAGAAAGAGGAGUUUGAUGAGGAGGCAAAAUCUGAAAUCAAAAUUACAUCUGAAGAUGAAGCAUAAUUCAUGCAGGACUUUGCUAUCUAACUUCUUGCACUAGAGAGUUUAAAUCGUUAAAAUGUAACUUUUUCUAUUGGUCUUGAACA